GUUUGUUUGUCUUCGGCAAAAAUGCGCUUUGGAGGAUUUGUUGUUGGUGAAAGGAUGGAUCACAUGAACUACUUUGGGGGCAUGCAUGACCGCCGCACACAUCACUAAGAUGCUCCUCCUUUUGUGCGUGUUCAUGCAUACAAACUUGCACACUCCCUCUGUCUCAUAAUAUAAGAUGUUAUUACGACCAAUAUGUGUGUGUUUUUUUUUCUUUAUUUGAGUGAGUACACAUCAGUUCAGGCCGUGUUGGAAGGCAGUGGCAAAGAUCCGUCGUCAUCAUCAACAUCUAUCACCUAGUAGCUAGCAUCCUAUCUUCUUCAGUCAGUGGGAUGCUCUUUUCUUUUGCACCCAUACCAUCUGCUUGUUCGCAUCUUCCCUCUUGGAAAAAGAUAUAGGAUUCUGAGUUGUCUUGUUCUGAAUUCUGAUGUAUCUGUUUUUGUAAUCUAGUUCACAACUUGGCAUCCAUCUAGAUUAGAUUUAACCUGACCCAUCCAUCAGACGAUGCUCUUCAGAGAUGACAAUCACCUUGGGUGGCUUCAGGCAUGCAUCCAAAACCCCCUUUCAGUUUGCUUAGAUGUUGCAAUGUACUAUGGUCCAGAAAUGCAAAUGAAGGAUUUUGGCUGCAAUUGCUGUCGAUUUUCGAACCUCAUUUUCAUAGGGUUGAUGUACACAUUGCAUUGGUCAUCAGUCUGAUAUGAAAUGCAUGCUGGCUUGGCACCCACCCACACAAACUGUCCAGCAAAAUAUCCACCACUGUCUACUCUUUGCAGCAGCACAAAUCUCUGUUUCUACUUUCUUAACUGUGCCAGGUGCUUGCUGAUUUCCUUUUUUCUUUGUCAUCUAGCAGUGAUCGAACAAAUCCGGUCGGCAUUCGUGGCCAGGGCUUCUAAAUUUAGUCCGGUCUAUAUGAAAAAAUGUGGAUGCAUAUUCUCUGAUAGAAACAGUAAUUCGGUUCUUGAGUGCAGGCCUGAAAAGGGAAAUCGGUUCGGGCGGGCGGGGCUGUACAGGGCGUUCAUGUUCAGCAGCCCGACGAUCAUGGUGACGACGCCGGACGCGUGCAAGCAGGUGCUCAUGGACGACGACACGUUCGUCACCGGCUGGCCCAAGGCCACGGUGGCGCUCAUCGGGCCCAAGUCCUUCAUCAACAUGGGCUACGACGAGCACCGCCGGCUGCGCAAGCUCACGGCGGCGCCCAUCAACGGCUUCGACGCGCUCACCUCCUACCUGGGCUUCAUCGACCACACCGUGGUGACCACGCUCCGGGGCUGGUCGGACCGGGGCUCCGACUUCGAGUUCCUCACGGAGCUGCGCCGGAUGACGUUCCGGAUCAUCGUGCAGAUCUUCAUGGGCGGCGCCGACGAGCGCACGGCGGCCGAGCUGGAGAGCACCUACACGGAGCUCAACUACGGCAUGCGCGCCAUGGCCAUCGACCUACCAGGGUUCGCCUACCACAAGGCCAUCCGCGCGCGCCGCAGGCUCGUGGCGGCGCUGCAGCGCGUGCUCGACGAGCGCCGGGCCAGGGGAGCCAAGACGGCCGGGGUGGACAUGAUGGACCGGCUGAUCGCCGCGGAGGACGAGGGCGGGCGGCGGCUGCAGGACGACGAGAUCAUCGACGUGCUUGUCAUGUACCUGAACGCCGGCCACGAGUCCUCCGGCCACAUCACCAUGUGGGCCACCGUCUUCCUGCAGGAGAACCCCGACAUCCUCGCCAAGGCCAAGGCGGAGCAGGAGGCGAUCAUGAGGAGCAUCCCGCCGGGGCAGAAGGGGCUCACCCUCCGGGACUUCAGGAAGAUGGAGUACCUCUCACAGGUGGUCGACGAGACGCUGCGGUUCGUCAACAUCUCCUUCGUGUCGUUCCGCCAGGCGACCCGCGACGUCUUCGUCAACGGUUAUCUGAUACCCAAGGGGUGGAAGGUGCAGCUGUGGUACAGGAGCGUGCACAUGGACCCUCAGGUGUACCCUGACCCCAAGAAGUUCGACCCUUCAAGAUGGGAGGGCCCGCCGCCGAGGGCCGGAACGUUCCUUCCUUUCGGGCUCGGCACGAGGCUGUGCCCGGGCAACGAUCUCGCCAAGCUUGAGAUCUCUGUCUUCCUCCACCAUUUCCUCCUUGGAUACAAGCUGACAAGGAAAAAUCCAAAUUGCCGGGUGAGGUACCUGCCGCACCCCCGGCCGGUGGACAAUUGCCUGGCCAAGAUCACCAGAGUCUCCUCCUCCCAUUGACGAUGAUGAAAACAGAGAAUCCAAAACCCUAGACGGCGUCGCCCAGAAGCGCCAAAUUUAGGAAAACUCAUGUGUCCAGACAAAUAAAAUAAAUAAAUAGCGAGGCGUUAUUGCUGCAGAUGAGUCAAAGUUGCGUCAUUCCUUGUUUUUAGCUCUGUCCUAGGACUCAAAAAUGUUAUGCUGAAAAAGACAUUUGUGUCGAAACAGAAAUGUCAAUAGUGUUGCCGCCGAAGUAACUUGCAUCGAAA